AUUUAUUAGUCUUAGCUAAUCUGGAAGAAUAGGUAUUAAAAAAAAAGACUGGCUUGCUGCAGAGAGUUGACAUUUUUUCUGUGCCUGCGUAAUGAGCGAUCAGAUGAUUACCGGGUUCGUCGACUUCGAUAAUUUAUACUAAAAAUCUGAAAUUAAUGGGUAGUUAACCCCAGGUCUCAUCUCUAGCUCCUAUAUAGAUAUUUAUAUUCAAGUUGUUUGGUUGUGAGCGAGAAUAAAUUGUGUUAGAGAAAAAGUACAAAUCUGCUGGCUGCUGGCUGCUGUCUGCUGGCUGCUGUAUAUAUAAAGCAAGAGAGCUACAUCAUCGAGAAUGCCAAACUCUAAUUCAACUGCAGCAGCUGAAGAAACGAAGGUUGAAGCCUUUGGCUGCCAAGAAGGGCACAGUGAGGAGGACAAUUAUGAACUUGUUAAUGCCAAAGCCGAAAUGAAUGAGGUCAGAGAAGAAAAUGCGAGACUGAAAAAGACGUUAGAGCAUAUGAUGAAGGAUUACCAGUCUCUACAGUUGCGCUUUUUCGACAUCCUCAAACAAGAGUCUCAUUCCAAGAAGGCUACAAUGAGUGCCAGCACUUCUCAUAUCGAAAUCGAAGAAGCUCAUGAUCAGCUCUUGUCUCUUUGCCUUGGAAGAAGUCCAAGAGACCCUAAAAAUAUUAGUGAUGAGAGCAGACUUGUACAAGUUGAUCAUCACCAAGACUUGAAGGCCAACCUUACUCUUGAAUUAGGCUCUAAAUUGCAGUUGCCGACCGAGCUUGUAUUGAGCGGUCCAAUUCCCGAGAAUAGUUCCGAAGAGCCUAAGGAAGCAGAAGCGUCCCCAUCAAGUACUAAAACACCAAAGACAAUAAGAAACGAAGAUGAUGAAGCUUCGCAGCAGGCCAAUGCUGCAAAAAGAGCUAGGGUUUCCGUGAGAGCUCGAUGUGAUACCCCCACGAUGAAUGAUGGAUGCCAAUGGAGAAAAUAUGGACAGAAGAUUGCGAAAGGAAAUCCAUGCCCCCGAGCAUACUAUCGAUGCACGGUUGCACCAGCAUGCCCUGUUAGAAAGCAGGUGCAAAGAUGUGUUGAUGACAUGUCUAUCUUGAUCACCACCUACGAAGGAACCCACAACCAUCCACUUCCAAUGACAGCCACUUCCAUGGCUUCCACCACCUCUGCCGCGGCUUCCAUGUUAUUGUCCGGCUCUUCGACAUCUCAGCUUCCAGGUCUUGGUUCCAGUUUUGGUCUCUUUGAUAAUUCCAGACAACAACAGCUCUACUUGCCUAAAUUUUCCUCAUCUCCUUUGCUACCCACAGUUACUCUAGACCUCACAUCUUCUCCAUCCCCUUCCUCAACCCAAUACUGCACAUUUCGUCCUAGUGUUAGCUUUUGUUCCUCAGAAUCCAACAUCAAUUUACCAACCAGUUGGGGCAAUGGGUACCCUAAAUUCGGAACACCGUUUGACAGAAAGAACCAAGAGUGUUUCCAACCCAAUCACCAAGCCUCUUCUCAGGUGUCCUUAACAGAGACAUUGACCAAGGCAAUCACAUCAGACCCAAAUUUCAAGUCGGUAAUUGCUGUAGCGCUUUCAUCUAUGGUUGGAGGUGGUGCUGCAAGUUAUGGAAGCCAAGGAAUAGGGGAAAGAUUAGGGCAACACUUGACACAGAAUGCGAAAGGCCGCGCAUCAAGCAUUUUCAACAGUUUGUCAUCUUCCGAUUCUCAGAAGGGAAACUUGACGCUUCUCCAGCCUCCACUGCUACUUCCCGAGUCCAAGAGCACUUCGUCUUCCCCUGCCAUCAGGGAUAAAAGUCUCUAAAUUAUGUGAUCGGAAACUGAAUUUCCUAUAGUUAUAGUUGGACAAUCUCAGAUGUUAUUUUGUCAGACCAUCAAUAUGGACAAUCAACCGUGUAAAAUGUUACUCAAAUGUGUGGUCUAGAUCAAUAAUCUGACAAUAUCACAUGUUGGAUAUGUCAAUUACCAGUAGUUACUGUAAUCAAGAGAUGUAGGCGUUUAUUCACAGGCUCACCCUGUUCUGAAACUAUGAUUGUCAAUUAAUAAAAUUGCAGCACAUUACCAAC